UCUCAUUUUUCAUAACUUUACCAUAUUUCUUGUUACAUUUUCCCAAUCCACCUAUCCCUAAUAUAUUAUAGCAAAAAUGGUGAAGAAUCACCUAGAUAAAAAUGGUAGCUUUACAGGCAGUCCGAAACCGCCUCAUUCGGCCACGUCUACCGAUCCAAACUCAAGAAAGAGCAGCCAGGAAGAGUUGGAGCAUCACAAUGAGGAUGUUAAGAAAUUAUCCGAAGAUAUUGAUCGAUUUGUUGAUGAACUUUCCACAUGUCAUGAUAAAUCGAAUCCCCCUGAAGUCCCUGACACGGUUGAGACUUUCUCUAAAAUCAUCGAGUCGAAGAUCAACAAGCACAAUACUUGUGAAAGUUUGGCCACAAAAUUUUGCAAAAUGACAGAGGAGGACAACUUUUUCAUAGAAGCGGUGUCACGUUUAUCCAAGUUGACGAAUUCCUUGAGUGAAUUUCCGUCAGGUUCAACGACCACGAGGUCGUUGAACAGAACAAGCAUGGUCCUGCAAAGGGCCAUGAUGUUCAUGGAAGAAGAUUUGAGAACCUUGUUAGAAGAGAAUUCAAAAGACUCUUCUUCCAAUGUUAAUAAAAUUCACAAACAUUCUUCCUUCAAUUCAAACAGGCUAUUAGUAGAUGGGGAACAAUGUGUAUUGACCCUUUCGGAAUCCAGUGGAGACGAGGAAUAUCCCUCGUUUCCUCAGGACACGGUAACAAGAAUGAACUGCAUCGCCUCUGCCAUGAUCUUAGCUGGCUAUGAAACAGAAUGUUGUCAAGUGUACUCAAUAUCGCGAAGAAAUGCAUUCAGUGAACAAAUGAAAAAGCUCGAAUUCGAGAAGAUAAACAUGGAAGAUGUUCAAAGAAUGCCAUGGGAUUCUUUAGAAGGAGAGAUUACAAGGUGGAUCAGAGUUGUAAAAAGUUGUUCAACAACUCUCUUCCCGGGCGAAAAGAGACUCGGAGACACUGUUUUCUCCAGGUCUCCAACGAUUUCUCAAAGCCUAUUUAGCAACCUUGCCCGCGCGAUUGUCAUUCACCUACUCGACUUUGUUGAGGCUGUGACAAUGACCAAACGCUCUGCGGAGAAGCUCUUCAAAUAUCUAGACAUGUAUGAAGCGAUGCGCGACCUCAUUCCAUCGAUCAACAAGUCGUGUUCCAACGAAUGUGAGAACGAAUUAAAUACCGAGAUUCAAGCUACCACGGACAGGUUAGGGGAAGCAGCGGUGAGCAUAUUUUGCGAUCUGGAAAAUUCCAUUAAAAACGACGUAGCAAGGACACCUGUCCCCGGAGGAGCAGUGCACCCGCUAACGCGUUACGUCAUGAAUUAUUUAAAAUAUGCAUGUGAAUACAAAGUAACCCUAGAGCACAUUUUCCAGCAACAUGUAAAAUCAGAGCAAUCCAAUUCCAAUUCCAGUUCCCCUGCAAAAUUAAAACCAUUCUUGGAGGUAGAAACAGAAAGCGAAAGCCCACACGAAACGGUAGCCGGGACAUCGCCAUUCUCAAUACAACUCGUGACGAUAAUGGACCUUUUGGACACAAAUCUUGUGGCAAAAUCGAACCUGUACAGGGACCCCGCAUUACGCCACAUUUUCCUAAUGAACAACGGAAGGUACAUUUUACAAAAAGUGAAAGGGUCCGCGGAGAUCCACCAAGUGAUGGGCGACACGUGGUGCAGGAGACGAUCAACGAUCGUUAGGCAAUACCACAAGAAUUACCAAAGGGAAACAUGGGGUAAAGUGUUGCAAAUUUUAAGCCAUGACGGUAUGCAAGUGCACGGGAAAGUGGCUAAAACGACAGUUAAAGAGAGGUUCAAGAAUUUCAAUGCGAUGUUCGAUGAAAUCCAUAGGACACAAAGCACUUGGGUUGUAAGUGACGAGCAGCUUCAAUCCGAGCUUCGUGUUUCGAUAUCUGCAUUGGUGAUUCCAGCUUAUAGGUCAUUUUUUGGGAGAUUUAGACAGUAUUUGGACAAUCCAAAGCAAGCAGAGAAGUAUAUAAAGUACCAGCCAGAGGACAUUGAAACAUUGAUUGAUGAUUUCUUUGAUGGUAAUACUACAUCAAUGGCCAGGAGGAAGACAUAGGAAGAGUGAUUGCAAGCAGUAACGCAGAGUUGAGAAUUUUGUAUGACGUAUUAUUACUAUUGUAUUUCGUUUGCCCCUUUUUAUAUUUCAAUCUUCUGAACUUUUUUUCAUACAUGCGAGCUGGACUUGUCUUAGAUUCUUUUUACCGUACCAUACAUUUUUAUGUCUUUUUUAAUUCAUUUGCGAGUUCAUUGCUCGGAUGAUCACUCAA